GGUCAUCUCUCCUCUGCGUGCACGGCUGUGGCCUCUGAAAUGCGCAGGCGGACUGGACGGUACCGCCUGACCACCGUGGAAAGACAGGAGGAGCCAGCCGCCCGGUCUCCAUCCCAGCCUCCGGGCCAUGAGAUGAAUGUGCCCGGUGAACAGCUUGCUCUGUGGCAGCCCAGUGACUGCCCAGCAGUCAGAUGGUCCUGGGGCCAGCGGACAAAGAGGAUGCUCUUCAUUCCAGCUGCACUUGCCAAGCCAGAACCGUGGGUCAGAGGGGCCUGGCGGACGAGGACUGCUCACAGCUUGGUGAACAGGAAGCAGAGGGUCAAGUGAAGAACCAGGGAGAGAAGCACUUCCGGGUCACACCCAAAAUGCCUCCACCCAUAACAGCAAGGCAGCUCUGAACCCCGGAACCCCCUCACCUUCCCAAAGCCCCACUGUGAGCCUGUGGGGAACAUUUUAGAACUUAAGCUACAGCACCAACACUACUGUCCACACUUGGUGCCAUCUUAAGUGUUCCCAGAAGAACAUACAGGGCGAGGCCCAGGAACAGUGCCAGAUAUCUUCACAGCAUCCAGAACAAGAAGAAAGGGGUCUGUUUAAUUUUGUUGAAAAGGGGAAAUGCCCCUGGCCUGCAACUGGGUGGAGCCCUCAGUCCGCUGUGACAAGCCCAGGGCUUCUGGUGUGCUGCUGGGUGACAACCACUGGUGUGGCACAGCUGCCUGGAGACCAUGGACUGAACCGCCCAGAACCAUGAGCCAAGAUGACCUUCUCCUCCCAGAAGUUGUGUCCCAGCCACACAAGGGGCUGAGGAUGCCUGUGGAUCGCGGCUGGCCUCCUCAGACGGAGAGUUGUCAAGGAUUUUCUUUCCUGGAUGUAAUGCUAUGUCCAGUGGCCCUGGGUCCUCCUUACCUUUUCCUCCUCUCUACCCAGCCCCCUCCCACCCCGCCACCCCAAAUGUGUUCCUGCUGCAAGUGCUCUCAGGUGGCUAAGGACAGGGACCUCAGCCCUGGCCUGGAUUCCUUGGGCUGGCCCUCAGCGCGGGACGCACUCACACCCAGACUUUUCACCGGUUUCACUCCAGUUGGCUUCCUCGCAGUCCAGCUCACCCCGGAUCACACUGAAAGACCCAGAGGCCUUGGGGAGCCGGCCAGGUGGGCCCGUGCCUGGGAGGCCCAAGGACACGAUUCAUGCACCCGCCCACCUGCAUGCCGUGCCAACAGCUGGGCCGCCUCCGUCCCUGGCCUAUUCUCUCCUGCCUCAGCCUCCACCUGUGUCCCAGGGGGACCAAGCCGGCUCCAAGGACCCUACAGCAUGGGCCCGGGCUGGCGGGGACCCCAUCCCCAUCCGCAGGGCUGGCAGUGGGGACAGCUUCCUGCGAAGUCUGCCCCAGGAUCCACAGCAGCUGCUCCUCAUGCGCCAGAGCCCCCCAGGCAGUGAGCUCCUGGUCUGGCGCUAUCCCAAGCAGGUGGCUGGGCCUGGGCACAGAGGGGUCCUCUGGAGCGUGGGGCCGUCAGUGCAUCUCCCUCUGCCUGCACCUGGGAGAGCAUGAGGAGAAAUGACCCUGCAGCAGAUCCAUGCGGGCUGGGCCGUGGGCCCCGGGGUGGCAGGGAUAGGCCGCUGCGGUGACCCCUGAGCUGCCACACUGAGAUGAGCACAGCGUCCUUCCUGCUGCCCCUGCCAAGCGCCACCAGAUGCUGACGGGGGCGGGGGUCCUGUGAGGUGACAGGGAAGAGAGGCGCGAGUGGGACGCCCCUCAGUGACCAGAGUGCAAAGCAAGUGCUUCCUUAGCCAACAGCUCAGUGCCCACGAGGCUCAGAGCCCAGCCGCUGGGGUGACCGGGACACGGGGCGCGGUGGUGCACUCCCACAGGCUGUGGCAGGAGGACUGCGAGUUUGAGCCCAGCCUGGGCAACUCGGCAAGACUGUCUC